AACACCAAUAAUUUUCUGAGGAUUUUCCCAGUUUUCCUUCUCUUCCUUUUUGGAUCUCAUCCUGAUAAUUUCAGAUGGGAUCCCGUACUCACUGACAUCUAAUUUUUCGGUGGCAUAUUUAUUUAGUUUUACUAAAAUGUUUUUAUAAAAACCGGGGAUCUGUUCGUGAUCACACUAUCGUUGUUUUGUUCUCCAUCCUUGAAUUCUUAUCCAUUUUGAUUAAAUAAUUUUGCAGCCUGCGCUAAUUAAUGUUAGAAAGAUGUUGCAGUAAAAGCUGGAUGAUACUCCUUACUGAUUAAUAUGUCGUGGACCGAUUAAGUCAUCUAUAAAUUCCCUGUGGAUUUUUAUUGUUGAGUUGAUGUUUUCCUGUUAAUUUCUUCUUCCUUUUCUUAAUUUCCCGUCAUGAGCAGUCAGAAGAAACCCGGUCGAGGCAAACCCCGUUUAAUGUUGUCGCUGACCUGUGCUGAAUCCUUCGCGGAGAUUGACGAGAUGCUGGAGAUGCCGUCGCCGCUGCAAGUGACCCCGCCACCGGCCAAAAACCCUGGCGCGAGCCGCUCCGGUAAGAAAGCCGGUCGCGGCGGCGUCAUGUGCAUCGUCAAGGGCAACUGGAGCGCGGAGGAGGAUCGCCGACUGGCGCAGCUGGUGGAGCAGUACCUGAACGACGCCGCCAACGCCACGACGCGCCAGGAACGCCGCGGACUGAGUACACGCUGGUCGGAGAUCGCCAAGGAGCUGCCGGGACGCGUGGGCAAACAAUGCCGCGAACGCUGGCACAACCACCUGCGACCGGACAUUAACAAGGGCCGUUGGAGUUUCUCCGAGGAGAUCAUCAUCUUCGUGUGCUGGAAGCACUGGGGCAGUCAGUGGGCGCGGAUUGCGCGGUUAUUGAAGAGCCGAUCGGAUAAUCGGGUCAAGAACCACUGGAAUUGCCAUAUGAAACGCCGGCUGCAGCGGGAUCAACCGUAUUACGAUUUCAUGAUGCAGGGAUAUGCGUACUUGUCCACUGUCUACGUGCCGCCGGAAGGAGAGGAAGAGGCGGAUGAUGAUUGCUUCCAGCAAGCCUUGGUGCCCCAUGUGACACAGUAUCUGAAGGAUCACAGUGACGAGUUGGAACAGAUCCCGUUUUUCACGCCCUGCAACCGCAAGGAACGGGGCAGUUUUCGUAGUGUCUCUUCACCGGAUCUGCUUAGUGACUAUCAUGCACCGCCGUUACACGAACACAAGAAACCUGUCAAAAAGACAAAAAAGACCAAGAAACGCCACUGCCCACCGCCAGCGACCACCGGCGUCAGCAUGGUCCAGCAGCGCACCUGGCAGGAACCGGUGGAGCAGCAGUGGGAAUUCGAUGAAGAGAACCAGUUCCUGCACAAUGUCCACGCGGUGUAUACGCAGCCGAUGGCCCAUCAGCCGGCCGGCGGCAUGGAGCCCUACAUCAAAGUGGAGCACGACAUGGCGGGGCUGGCGUCGCCCAUGCAUCCCAUGGAGUAUCAGUAUCACGACGGGAAUCCCUUUUACUAUUCCCCCUAUCGUCCGCUAGAUCUGGAACCGGGCACCAUUGGCGAGGAGAUGUUGCGCACGCUGAAUAAUUCCUGCGAUCCGUUGUUGUCGAAAGCAGCCAUGGGCGAUUUCCACUGUUCACCACGUUACACGCAGCGCGCCGUGACCUCCACGCCGCUGAAACAGACAUCCACCUUCAAUGUGCCGAUGAGCGAGUGCGGCUAUAGUCCCCUGAGCGGCGGCGGUCGCCUGCUGACCAGCCACGACGAUCCGGCCAGUUUCAUGUCGCCGGUGCGGCGCUGCUACAGCCAUGUGUCGUCCACGCUGAACGAGACAUCUCUGUGGACGCCCGUGAAGGACAAUUUACCGGAGUACCGGGCGGAGGAGACCAUGAUGUUCUCGCCGCCGGUGAAACUCAGCAGCAUUGUCACCCCGCAGCCUAUUCGUGAGGCGCUGGCGCGCGGGGAUUCCAGUCGGCGAACGCUGAGCCCGGAAGAGCUGGAGAGUCCGAAUCGAUUGUUCAGCGAUGCCAGUGAGUUGAUUGAUGGAGAGAUGAAUCUGAGUCAGUGUAGUCAGCUGAGUGCGAAUUAUAAGGGCCGUGUGCAGUCGCAUAGUAUCCUGCAGACACCGGACAACGCCCUAUCGAAAUGCCGUCGCCGUCUAACGGACCAGUGGGGAACGCCGAGCAGUGCUGUAUCCGGUGGAUCCUUCGCGUCGUCCGGUUACGGAUCCUUCCACAUGACUCCCUUGUGAACGUUGUCCUUUCCUUCUUCCACGUCGGUUGUUCUGGUUAUUAAACUGCGCCCGUUCGAGUUUUUGGUGUUUGUGGAAUGCAGUUUGCUUGGCUUCCGGAUUGAUUUUUAGUACUUUAUAAGCACGGUCAACCUGUUACGGAAUCUGUUUUUUUGAGAAACACUUACACAGUCCACUGGUCGUCCUUUUCUACACAGAGUUUAUUCUCAGCUGGAUUACUGUAUUUUUAACUAAUUGAAAGAAUCGGUCUUCGGUAAUAUUUCGUCCAUUUGUUGCAUUAAUUGUUUUUGCUUUUGGAUUUCUUAGUUUCUCUGGCCCGGAAGAAUUUUGCUGUGCUGUUGUUUAUAAUGUCUAUACAUCUUAUACAUGACGCUAAUCUGAUCAUAAAAGAU